CGGCCCGCAGCACUGCCCACAGCACUCUCGAUAUGCAACUCACAACACUACCGCAAAGGCCGCAGGUGGGUGCUGAUGGAGAACUGCUGCAGGUGGCUGAUGAUAGUGGGGGCGGGUGGCUGGGUGCCGGGAGGGGGGACGAAGCCAGGGGCGUUGGCGACCACCACCUCGACGCUGCGGGAUUCGAGGCUCUGUGCGAUCUUGAUGGCGGACUCGCUGGGCCUGUCGAUGGGGUGGGUGAGGUCGUGCUGACUGAUGGUGUAGGACACCUCCCCCGCCUGCCGUGCCGCCUGUUGGAUGGCCGUCUUGAUGAAGGGGGAUGCGCGACGGGGGAAGUCGUUGGCGUAGAAAAGUGACAGGUCGAAAUCCUGGCGGGCACCGCCGGUGAACGUCACUGUGACGGGGACGUCCGGCGACACACAGCAUGUGUCGAUGAAACCGUCGACAGCGAGCAGGACAGAGAGGCCGCCGCGGUCCCCGAAGUGUGGGAUCUCCAUGUCGAGCCUCUUGAGCGACUUCUGACACCCGCGCGAUGUCAGCGCCUCCUACAGAUGCAAAGAGAGAGACACAUUCGUAUGUGUACACACAUCCGUAUGUAUCACGCCUCUCUGUACAGUGUGAUGGGUGCUUGCCUGCAGUCGCUUGACUCCUUCCAGGCAUUGCUCCGAGGUCUCUCCAAGCUCGUGCUCCAUCCCCUCGAUGGUCUGCAGGUGUCUGAGCCCCUCGAAGGUCUGCAGGUGUCUGAGGGGCCCCGGCUGCCCAGGAGGAGCGUUGGGGAAGUGCGCAAACACGGCCGCCCACUCCCUCCAGGUCGGUCUCACCCUCAAAUACGAAAACCGCCGCCAAACCUCCCCCACCCGCCUCAGCGACGACGACGACCCGAUGAAUCGGCCUAGCGCGUCGGCAUCCCACUCCUCCACCUCCAUGCACUCGAGAGCGGGCAUCUUCCACCCCCUCUCGGCCAGCACACGGUGGUCUCGGAGGGCUCCCGUGACGCUCUUGAGCGAGGGGAGGAGGGGGCAAGACGCAGAGGAAGAGGAAGAGGGCUGCCGGCUCCGGCUCCGCGCUGUGCGGAAGACGUACAAACCGGUGUCGAAGUUGGAGUUGGUGUUGGUGUCGGUGGCGAAGUCGAUGGUCUCUAGACUGCCCCCCAUGUGCUGCUGGCCCUCUUUCUCGCACGUCUCGUGCCGCCCAGCAGCAUGGCCCUCCACUAUGCUGAUCAUGUUCUCCAGGCACCACGACCGGUCGGAGGGUGGCUGGACGAGGGUGAGGGCUGUCAAAUUGAGGAGCUGUUUGCCGAAGUCGAAAGCGUCCCCAGGCCUCAUGCUCUCCCAGAACUGGCGGGCUGCAGCUGUGGAGCUGUCGAUGGUGAUGUGGGUGUACUGAUAGAGGACAGCGUGGCGGAUGCUCUGUGUGGCACCACCGCCACAGG